AGAGCUGGCAGCCAUCUCUUCCUCCCCAACAUGGCCUCCCUCAGACUCCUCAUGAAGCCUAAGAUCAUCAAAAAGAGGACCAAGAAGUUCAUGUGGCACCACUCAGACCGAUAUGUCAAAAUUAAACAUAACUGGUGGAAACCCAGAGGUCUUGAUAACAGGGUUCAUAGAAGGUUGAAGGGCCAGAUCUCGAUGCCCAACAUUGCUUAUGGGAGCAACAAAAAAAUAAAGCGCGUGCUGCCCAUUGGCUUCCAGAAGUUUCUGGUCCACAAUAUCAAGGAGCUGAAAGUGCUGCUGAUGUGCAACAAAUCUUACUGUGCUGAAAUCACUCACAAAGUUUCCUCCAAGAACCACAAAACCAUCAUGGAAAGAGCCACCCAGCCGGCCAUCAGAGUCACCAACCGCAAUGCCAGGCUGCGCAGCAAAGAAAAUGAAUAG